UCCGGAAGUGGACUAAACCAAAGAGUCCCGCAGAUUCGAUACCGAUUGUCCCGAUCGAAACAAACGUGUCCGGACGACCCGCGUACAGAACAAUUCGUGUGACUAUUUUUUGGGCGCAACACAUGAGACGAUAAUGCUGGAUGGUUGCGCUCAUGAAGUUCACCAGAGAUAUCUGCAGGCUCUUGGGACUCGGGAGCGGCCCCCCUGUCCAGCAGCAGGAAACGCCGAUGGACUGUGGUGCAGCAACCCCUGACGCAAGGGAUGAUGCCACUUUGUCGCAGGAUGCCCUAAAUGGAGAGGAGGAUUUGAGCGAGGAGGAGAAGGUCAGACGGAAGGCAGAGCGACGCAAAGCAAAGAGGAAGCGCCGUCGAAAACGUAAGAAGCAGGAGCAGGUUAAGCAAGACGAGAAUGCUGAGCAGGACGACGACGACGACGAGGAGGGAGGUGCAGAGUCUGAACUGGACGAGAGCGAGUCGGAGGCAGAGGUUGGGGCUGAGGAGGAGAAACCGAGAGAGCAAAAAGAGGAGAAAAAGGAGGCAAAGUCGUCUGCCAUUCUGAAAAGUGCCACCGCUCCAGUCAUCCCUCCACCAGGAAUCAAAGCACAUGAGAAGAGCCACGGCAGACCCACUGAAGAGGAGCCUGAAUGGGACGUGAGCUGUGCCUUCUUUGCUAACGCUGCUAGCCAUAUCAAACCCAAAGGAUCAGGUCGCAAGUCCAAAGAAAAUAAGGAGAAUGAGGCCAGGCGAGAGACAAAUGGAACUGACACAACGUCGACCAAGAAAAGUGCAUCACUGACAGAAAAAGGGAUAAAGCUGGUGCAGGAGGGGCAGUAUGCACAAGCAGUCAUUAUGUUUACAGAUGCCAUCAAAUGUGAUCCAAAGGAUAACAGGUUCUUUGGGAAUCGCUCCUAUUGCUACUACUGCUUGGAGCAGUACCCUCAAGCCCUGGCAGACGCCGAGCGCUCACUUCAGUUGUCUCCAGAUUGGCCCAAAGGACAUUUCCGCAAGGGCAGCGCUCUCAUGGGCAUGAAGCGGUACAGUGAGGCAGAGAAGGCUAUGGAGCAGGUGCUAAAACUGGACAAAGACUGUGAGGAGGCUGCCAAUGACCUCAUUAACUGUAAAGUGCUGCAGUUGAUGGAUCUUGGUUUUGAAGAAAUGCAAAGUGUCCAACUGCUGGAGAAAUUUUCCACCGUGCAGGCAGUUCAGAUCGCUUGUUUGGAUGCAGCCGGGGUUGGGGGUCAGGAUCCAUCAGUUCUGCAACCUGGAAGCCCGUGUCCAUCUCUCUGGGUAGGAAAUGUGACGACGGAGAUAACGGAAAAACAUUUAUGGGACCUUUUUAAAAUACAUGGUGAGAUAGAGAGUAUUCGUGUGCUGCACGAGAGAUUCUGUGCCUUCGUCAACUUCAAGAAUGCAAACAUGGCGUCUCGUGCAAUGGAGAAACUAAAUGGUUAUUGUAUUGAGAACACACGUUUAGUGGUGCGCUACCCUGACCGUCGCACUCAGAGGGUCCUCCCCAUUCCACUUAAGACCUGUCUCCCGGUAACACAGCAGGCCGGAGCAGCUGCUGCUGGACCUCGGCGACGUGGUCCAGUGAACGGAGACGAGUGUUACUUCUGGAGAACCACUGGCUGCCAUUUUGGGGACAAAUGCCGCUACAAACACAUUCCUGAUCAGAAGAGCAAGGACAGGAAGCCCUGGCAGCCUUGAGCUCUGUUUACUCUCCGCCCCAGUAAUGUGCAGGAAGCUGGGAGAACAUAGACUGAGCCACAGGACUGGAUCCGGUUUUGUGGUCUAAGAAUUUGAAGUGUGGCAGAACGGACCAGAGGAGUCAGAUGGAUGAGUCAGCACUUGGGCUGUAGGGCUGGGAUAGUCCCACGUGUGCCUCAAAGAACCAGGAGUAUGAAGGAUUUAAUUUCAACCGAAGACCAUACUGUAGCAGCAAAAUCCCCCGAUUGAGUCUUUGUUUCAGAUGAAAACCUUCAUACUUGUAGUUCCUCAUGGUGCACAGUGACCUGUUCCUUCUCUAAGAGGUACAGCUGCCCCCCCCCCCCCCCCCCCUUACGAAAGACAGAGGAAGUGAAACUGCCGGCAUUUGUUGUUGGACAAAAGUAAAGACUCUGCCAUGUGACGAAGCAAUGAAAGGAGUCGGCAUGGAUUUUGCAGGGCCAAGGCUCUUCAGCGAUGAUCCCGGGGACCUUCCUUCUUUCACACAGGUCAUGAAGCAGUGUUCAUCAAAGAUUCACAACUGCUCCCAUCAGUCUGCGGUUCAUACUUGGGCUCCCUUUUCUUACAUUAAGUCUCUGUGCCAGUACCAGCACAUUGUCCCCCAGACCAAAGACUCGCAAACAGACGUACUUAUGACUUCCACUCAGUUCAGUUCCUCCCGUAGGCUGACGAGGUUUUUCUUUAAGCCAGUAAACAUCAGAGAUCCCGAGAGGUGCCUUCACGAUGUGGUAUGUAGCCUUUAGUUAAAAUGAUCCAACAGUGGGCUACUGGACAUCAAGACCCACAGACUGAACUUGAGGGAUUGCAGGAUUGUAUGUAUUAAUGCAUGAACUAAAUGUAUAUGUCACUUUAUUUACUUACUGGCGGCCCUAUAGUUGAACAAUUGAAUACACAUACUGCAUGUCUGGGUUGCGUAGGACCUAUCAUCCUUUGUAAUAAUACCUGUUGGGUGCAGAAGAAGAAAUACAAACACCUGACAAUGUCAUGCAGUCCAGUGGAAUACAAACCGUCUUUAUGAGGGCUGUAGUGUUCACCUUGUAGGUGGGACUCUAUCAGAGAGAUGCUGGUAAUUUUCGGAGGCCUUUAGUUUUUGUUGUGGAGGAUUGUAUGACCUGUCAAGUGUCAAGUUCUUUACAUCUCCCCGACUCUUCAGAAAGCAGCAAUCUGUUUACACGAUGCAAAAAAAACAACCUUCAUUCAUCUCAGCAGUAGUAUUGGCAAUGUGCUUUCUUGGUAUUUUUGCAUCGUAAACGUCACAGCGGUUUUUGUCUAUGCAAAGGAAAAGUGCCAGUUCGAUUGCUCUCUCUCUCUCUCUCUCUCUCUCUCUCUCUCUCUCUCUCUCUCUCUCUCUCUCUCUCUCUCUCUCUCUUCUCUCUCUCUCUCUCUCUCUCUCUCUCUCUGACUUGUAUAGACACACACCCACAGAAUCUCCUGCAUAAAUAGUCAGUUUUUUUUAAGGUUGUUUAUGUCAAUGACUGACAUAAAUCGUGUUUUCUUUGACAAACUAGUGUACUAUGAGACAGUGCCUUACAAAAAAAACACCACUCAGUCAUGUGCAUGUAUCUUUAAGGGCCAUGUGUGUUUACACGAUCCAUUAACAGAAGUUUUGAACCUUAAAAAUCAGUAUUUUUGACCUAAUGGCCUCCUUUUCAGUAUUUCAGUGAACCAAAGAAUGCCACACCUGACGGCUCCGCACUGAAAACAGCUUCCUUCUUUCACAAGUUUCAACACUAGACAGAACAUUCGGCCUGUGUCUUAACAUUUACAGCCACGACACCUGGUUUAAAUCCACACUACAUUUGCCUGUAAACUACACACAGCAUUGUGAGAGUAUUUAUUACUUUAUUUAUAUCGGAGUUUUUCUUUUCUUUAUCUUUUUUACCACAGACCUUGGGAAAGCGAAAUUUAGCUUAGAAACUUCAGUCGGUAUUUUAUGUUAAGUGAUAUAAAGGCUGCUCAUCUGCUUAGUUCUGGCUGUAGAGUCCAGCGUUAAAAACUGUCACAUGCUUCCACUUCUGCUUUUCUCACUACUCUCUGUCUUGUGGCUCAAACUUGUGAAAAAGGAAUUUGGACCGCAAACUUUCACACUGCACUUGUAUAUUUUGCUUGUUUCUUAUUUGACUGGUGCUGCAAAGUUUAUUUAAUUUCGCAGACUUGAUAUGCAUUGGAAAUCACCAUCGGUUAAUUUAAUUUACCAUCAGGCUCUUUGUUAGGCUUUUUAUAAUUCUUAAUACCCACUUUUAGACUGUCAGGAAAAUGCAUAAUUAAUCAUAAUGUACACACUGAUCAAACAGAGCACUGCAAUCCUGUUAAUCCCCCAAAUAUUUUGUAUUGUCGCACUGCAAAGAAGAGUAUUUUAUAUUUAAUAAAUGAACUACCUAUACCA